GCCAAGGAAAAGUGGUUCAAGCCUCAAAGACGGAGCUCACGCUCACGAAUGCUAGAGGCUAGAGCUGCAUGUGGCUGCAGGAGCUGCGCUAAGGUUGCAUUCAUCAUUCAUAAUUCAGCUCAGCUAAGCUUGGAGAGCAGGACUUCAAUCGUAGCUUUCCCGUACGGCAUCAAUACCUGUUAUUACAAAAGUUGCUUGCAUUCACGCGCUGUGCCCGAGAUCAAUGCGCCCCUAAGACAUUGUAUUAGGGGCUGGCCAAUCUGAGAAGCAAUUGCACAAGCAGGCCAUUGCCAGCAAACAAUUGUGGAACGACGUUCUUUUUUACAAGUAUAGCUCAAUAGCAAGGUGGUGUUGUGAUCGCUUUUAGACCUGCUGAAAAGACUGCUGCCCCAAAGCACUGGAGACAUGAUCCUCUUCGAUCAGGAAAGUAGAAUACUCAGCGAUGCAUUAGUGGCACGCUUGAAAGAAUCAGAGAAGCCAGCCGAAGUGGACAGUCACCUCGUUGAGUUUGACGAUGUCCGCUACCAUGUACAGGCCGGAGCUGCCACCAGUCACAUCACAAUCUCCAUCGGGUUGCCUGUGGCUCCCCCGGGUGCAGCUGUUGCAGGGGGACUAGGGGGAAGCAUCGUUCCCUUGGGGGCUCUGGAGGCUGUUGAAGCAGCGUACGGGAGCUAUGCAAAAGUUCUAGAUGAACCGGAAAAGGGGUUCGACCUGACCUUAGAAGUAGACGUUUCAAAGGUUCCAACUGGGGAAGGUGAACAACAAAAGAUUAUCAGGAGUUUAGCCUCUUUACGAAGUACUAUCAUGGCGGCUCCUUUGCGAAACAUCUUGAAAGCGCUCUCUUCAGAAGGGGGAGACCCUCAGAGUCCCCCAUCCGCAGCCGCAAAGCCCACCGCUCUCUCAUAUCGACCAAAAGAGGCCUUCUACGUGACUCGAGAUGCUGAAAAGGCGACCGUCGUCUUUCCCAUGAACUUCCAAGACAGCAACGAUGUGAUCAUCGCCAGCUCGUUUCUCCAGGAAUUCAUGGAAGCCCGGCGGACCGCUUCCGCCCAGACGGCGCCCUUCUGCUCCUACUCCAAGUCCCCGCCUCUUGAGCUCAAAAACGUCCCCCCCGCCGCUCUUAAGGCGAACGCGGGCUAUGUCUCUUUCGUUAUCUUCCCGAGGCACGUGCAAGGCGACAAACUGGGGCGCACCGCAUGGGCCCUCCUGACCUUCUAUGCUUACGUCAGCUACCACAUAAAGUGCUCCAAAGCUUUCAUGCACACGCGAAUGCGAAGGCGGGUUGAAGGCCUGAUUCAGGUGCUGCACAAGGCCAAGCCAGAGACGGUCAAGGAGAAGAAAACUGCCUCCGGCCGGACCUUCGUGAAGCCAACUUGAGAUGAAUAUUGGUCAAGUUUAUGGUUCACAACUGCCUGCAUGCAUUCCCUGUGCUACAAGAUGCAGCCGAGACGAGCAAGCGGCUUGCCACGUACGCGUCCUUUCUUCUCGCAACGUCACCCACUGAUAGCCGCCAGGAAUACGAAGUUUUAAAUUCAAUGACGCAGGUCCAGGAACUUGGUUGACGGGCUCUCUUCAGAGGGGGAACGUCCAUGUUGGCAUUUCAAGUCCGCGGCCCGCCACUUUCAUUAGCAAAUGUACGUUUGUAUUUGUACAAAACCAUGAUACAACUCUGAUUCCGAGGAUCUGAAUAUGGCCACGCGCAACGAAAUGUGCUAGGUGGUCCGCAUUGAACCGCGU